AUGGCCGACUUCUUCCUCCGCGCACCUCCGAUACCUCAAAUACACACCGGUAGCAGCUCUCCACCCUCGCCAAAGCGCCAGAAAUACGCCUCGGCAUCUUCGCAGCCUCUGCAGCCUGCUGACCGGACCCUUGUGCAAACCGUAUCCCAGACAGUCAAGGGAGCGGCGGGCCUCUGGCGAUCCUGGAAAGAUGGCGUGAGCCGCGAAGAGCGCGAGAAGGCGAGGCUUCUCGAGGAAAGAAAAAACAUACUCUGUCUGCGUAUGAAGAACGCUGAGACAUUGAAACAAUGGCAAGCAGCGGCACAGGAACUUGACGCUCUGGAAGGCAACGAUGACUGGAGACGAGACGAUGAAAGCGACGACUACAACUCCAAGCUCAUCGAAGAGCGACUGCGGGCGCUUGACGAAGCGCGAGAGAGUCGGGACAUCCGCACCAUGAUGCACCUCAUCCGAACCGCCCUGUCGCGCGAUCUCGGCGGCAUGGGCAACGUCGAUCUAUAUCGGCACUCGUAUCUUGGCACAAAGACGCUGAUCGAGCGCUAUGUUGAGUCGACAAUCGAAACCAUCGAUGCCGCCAUCAUCCAUAGCGCCACAGACCAGGGCAUCGCAUACAAAGACCUGCUGGAAGGUAUGCUGCUUGCGCGCCAGAGCUUUGGACGAAGCGCUCUGUUGUUGUCUGGCGGCGGAACAUUUGGCAUGGCGCACGUCGGUGUUCUCAAGGCCCUGUUCGAAAACCAGCUUCUGCCCAGGAUCAUAUCUGGCGCCAGCGCUGGAAGUAUCGUCUGCGCUGUCAUGUGCACGAGAACAGACGAAGAGAUUCCGUUACUGAUCAAGGAGUUUCCGUAUGGUGAUUUGGCUGUUUUUGAAGCCCAAGACAAUCAAGAUGGUCUGCUGGACCAUUUUCGUCGGCUGCUAACAGAAGGCUGCUGGUCGGAUAUUGCCCAUCUCAGGAGAGUCAUGAGGGGCAUGAUGGGCGACAUCACCUUUCAGGAGGCCUACAACCGCACUCGACGUAUCCUCAAUAUUUGCGUCUCGUCCGCAUCCGUAUACGAGCUGCCACGGCUGCUCAAUUAUGUCACUUCACCCAACGUCAUGAUAUGGUCUGCUGUUGCCGCAUCUUGCUCUGUGCCUCUCAUCUUUAACUCGUCGCCGUUGUUGGUCAAAGAUCCUGUUACGGGGGAGCACCGCCAGUGGAACCCGUCUCCCCAGAGAUUCAUUGACGGUUCAGUGGACAACGAUCUGCCCAUGACGCGCCUCGCGGAAAUGUUCAACGUCAACCACUUUAUCGUGUCGCAGGUGAACCCACACGUCACUCCGUUCCUCUCCAAGGACGAUCAUCUUUCACCCGAAAAUCAACAUACUCACAAAAGCGCCAAGAAUGGUGGCGAUGACAUGGACUGGGUAUAUACCUGCACGUCGCUAGCCAGAGAUGAGGCUCUUCACCGACUGCAGUUUAUGGCCGAGAUGGGGUUCUUCCCUAAUAUGAUGACCAAAUUUCGAAGUAUUCUCAGUCAAAAAUACUCGGGCAAUAUCAACAUCUUACCUGAUCUGACCCUCGAUAACCUCCCUGUGCUUCUCAGCAACCCUACCGUCGACUUUAUGUUGAAGUGUUGUCUCGUUGGUGAAAGAGCAACCUGGCCAAAGCUAUCUAGAAUACGCGAUAGCUGUGCAAUCGAAUUGGCUUUGGAUCGCGCAGUGCACCGGCUCCGGACAAGAGUCGUCUUCUCAGAGAGCCAGAGCAAUCUCAGAAGCAUUGUC